CCAUGACCUGCCCCGUGCGGAUGGAGCCGCUGCCGGGGACCCCCCCGCUGCUGAUCCCCGGGGACCCCUACUCCGUCUGCGUCCUGCUGCGGGGCUACGCCGAGCCCGUGGGGGACCGGGGGGCCGUGAGGGCGGACGGCUCCGUCACCCUGAUCGUGCCCACGCCGGGCCCGGGGCCCCGGAAGCCCGCCGCCCCCGUCCCCGGGUCCCCCCGGGGCGCGGAGGCCCAGGCGGCCCUGGAGCGGGCGGCGGCGGGCCCCAUCCUGGUGGACACGGCGGGGCCCUGGGCCCGCGGGGCGCUGCUGGAGGCCCUGGCCGGCCAGGGCCUGGCCCCGGGGGACGUGGGGCUGGUGGUGGCCACGCACGGCCACUCGGACCACGUGGGCAACCUGGGCCUGUUCCCCGCCGCCUGCCUCCUGGUCUCCCGCGACCUGUGCCUGCCGGGCGGCACCUACCUGCCCCACGGGCUGGCCGAAGGCCGGCCUCUGCGGCUGGGCCCGGGGCUGGAGGUGUGGGCCACGCCCGGGCACGGGGGCGCGGGGGACGUCAGCGUGGCGGUGGCCGGCACGGCCCGGGGCACGGUGCUGGUGGCCGGCGACGUCUUCGAGCGCGAGGGCGACGGCGACGGCUGGCGGGAGCUGAGCGAGGACCCCGCCGCGCAGGAGCGCAGCCGGCGCCGGGUGCUGGCCGCGGCCGACGUCGUGGUGCCCGGGCAUGGCGGGCCCUUCCGGGUGGUCCGGGGGGCCCCCGGGCCGCAGGAGACCCACCCCCUCGUCGGCUCCGGACAGGAGCUGGACGGCGACCGCCUGCCCGACGUGGGCCGGGGGGGGCGUCCAGGAGACGGCCGGGGGGCGGGAUGGGCACGGGGAGGGCCAGGGGGAUGCCACCAGCCCGUGCGGGACGGGAGCACCUGCAAAGACGUUGAGAUUAUUAUCGUCUUUGUCACCGGACUGGGUUUAUUCGCCACCCCCGCCUCCAGCUGGCACCUGCGGUCCCUCUCCGCCCCGAGAACCCCCCACCCCUGA